AAUAAAAAAGUGGAGUUUUACUAAAAAAGAGUUCUCUUAUUUAAAGAGAAAACAAAGGUUCAUCUUCUUAGCUUCUUUUUCUUCUAAGUUCUAUCUCAUUAAUUAGUUGCCGGGCCACCAUUUUUUGCUUCACUCAACAACCAACAUAUAUAUAUCCUCCUCUUUAAUACAUUACAAUAAAAAAAAUAUGUUUAUUCAUUAAUUCCUUUUUGGGAACCUUUAUAAAUACACACCAAAACUAACACUAACCAACCAAAAUAUAGAAUUCAUAAACCCCCUUUUUAAUUUUCCUUCUCUCCCUUUGUCUUCUUGAUUAUCUUGAUAUAUUUAUACUUAGAAACCUUCUCAAUCUCCACACCAAAAAAAAAAAAAACUAUGUUGAAGAAAAGAGGCAUUGAUGUUUGGGCAUUACUAUUUUUAAUAUUUGUUACUAUUAAUACAAAUUCAGCACAAAAUAUUAGCAGAAACAAUUUUCCAAGGGACUUUGUUUUUGGUACUGCUUCUUCUGCUUAUCAGUUUGAAGGAGCUGUGAAAGAGGAUGGAAGAGGUCAAACUAUAUGGGACAAAUUUUCUCAUUCUUUUGGUAAAGUAAUUGAUUUUAGCAAUGGUGAUGUAGCCGUGGAUCAAUAUCAUCGAUAUCCGGAAGAUGUACAACUUAUGAAGGAUAUGGGAAUGGAUGCCUACAGAUUUUCUAUUGCUUGGGCCAGAAUUUUCCCUAAUGGAACUGGAGAAAUCAAUCAAGCUGGAGUUGAUCACUACAACAAGUUGAUCAAUGCUUUACUAGCUCAUGGAAUUAAACCAUAUAUAACACUAUACCAUUGGGACCUUCCUCAAGCUCUAGAAGACAAGUACAAUGGAUGGCUAAGCCCACAAAUCAUAGAAGAUUUUGCGAUAUACGCGGAGACAUGCUUCAAGAAAUUUGGUGAUAGGGUGAAGAACUGGAUCACUAUCAAUGAGCCUCAUACUGUUGCCAUCCAAGGCUUUGAUGUAGGUUUACAAGCACCGGGGCGAUGUUCCAUCCUCCUACGAGCUCUUUGCAGAGCUGGAAACUCUGCAACUGAGCCUUACAUUGUUACUCACAAUCUACUCCUUGCUCAUGCCACUGUUGUUGACAUUUACAAAAAGAAGUACAAGCCAACACAACAUGGAUCAAUUGGGAUUUCACUAGAUAGCUUUUGGUAUGAGCCUUUAACAAACUCCAAAGAUGACAUUGAAGCAACACAAAGGGCCAUUGAGUUUAAUUUAGACUGGUAUCUUGAGCCUGUGAUUCUUGGAAGGUAUCCGAGUUCAAUGGUAGAGAGAGUGGGAAGCCGGUUGCCUAAAUUUUCGCCAACUGAGUCUGCACUCGUGAAAGGUUCCUACGAUUUCAUAGGCAUAAAUCACUAUACUACAUGGUAUGCCAGCAAGAACAAAACCAACAUAAUUGGUGCUCUGCUCAAUGACUCUGUUGCAGACUCUGGUGCUAUUACCCUUCCAUUCAAAGGUAUAAAGCCAAUAGCAGACAGGGCAAGUUCAGUAUGGUUGUACAUAGUGCCUCAUGGUAUAAGAAGCUUAUUGAACUACAUCAAGCAAAAGUAUGAGAACCCUCUAAUCAUAAUCACUGAAAAUGGAAUGGAUGAUUCAAAUAACAUAUUUACAUCACGAAAAGAUACUCUCAAGGAUACAAAAAGGAUCAAUUAUCACAAUGACUAUCUUACUAAUCUGCUAGCUGCUAUCAAAGAAGAUGGUUGCAAUGUGAAAGGAUACUUUGUGUGGUCUUUGAUGGAUAACUGGGAAUGGGCAGCUGGAUUUUCGUCGAGAUUUGGUCUUUAUUACGUAGAUUACAAAGACAACCUCAAGAGAUAUCCCAAAGAUUCCGUGAACUGGUUCAAGAACUUCUUAGGAUCUGCUUAAAUUGAUACAUGUUACUUACAAACACCAUAUAUGCCUAGAUUUCAUGCAUAAAAAGGCAUAACGCGAUGUAUACAAACAUUUAUUCUUUCACAGUAUCUUAAUGUCAUUCAAUAGAUUGCACUCAGUUUGCUCAUACAAA